UUCUUUUUUAGGCCAGACAAAAGUGGCCAAGAACAAAUUCUUAAAUUUUAUGGACGUCUAGGACAGUUGGAGGAGCCAAAGUGUGAUGAUACACAUCACCCAGAGAUCUGUUCAUACCAGUUAACCAAGUUAAUGGAACAUCAUGUGUCUUGUGAUGUGAAAUUGUGUGGGUCUUCAGAGAUUCAAAUGGCUUCUGUGAAUCCACAAAUGGGAAAAGCUGUUGAUGACUGGGAAACAUUGCCAAAGGAAAAAGUUACUUAUAAAGUACAGGAGGCAGUGAAAACAAACCUGGAAAAUGGAUUUAAUUUCUUGUUCCUUAAAUGUGGGAACAUUUAUCAAGCCUUGAGUUUUCCUCCCAUCUUUAAGGAAAAUGAAAAUGCUGAAGGCAGAAGUGCUAUAAAUGUAAAUAUUAUUAUGUUGGACUCUAUCUCAAGACCACACUUCUUUCGAACUAUGCGAAAAGCCACAGAAGCUUUGAAGAAGAUUAGUGAAGAUCCUAAAAUCAAGUCCACAUAUUUGGACUUUGAACUUGUUCAAAGCAUUGGUCAACAGACUUUUGAAAACUUGAGACCAUUCUUCAGCGGUGUUCUGAAAGGUGUGUUUUCAAAAUGUUUCACUGUUUAUAAUUUAUUAGUGAUUGCUUGUUUACAGUUUGCUUGGUGAAAAAGUUUGCCAUAAGUGAAAAAGGUUCGAGUAGUAAGGGCCAAUUAAAAGGAGUUUGUCAACAUAAGUAGCCAUUAAAUUUAAAUAUUCUGGACUAACACUAGUUGAGGAUCAUGAGUUCUGAUCAUCUGAUGAAAGGUAGAAGUCUUGAAAAGAAUCAACUGUUGCUCAAAGCUACUAUUUCAACAACCUUAGUAGAAGUUAUCAUCAAAGUCAGAUGACUCAAUGAUUAUGUCUGCUCAGGUUCUCAAAAUAUCUUCAACUCCCUGCUAUCAACAACAGUCCUUUUUCAGAACCACUCUUACCCAGACUUAUAAACCACAUGACCAGUGCUAUUGAAAAUUAUACUCGGUUUCUUACUUGUCUUAAACCUGAUUAAAGUCGACCACAGGUAAAUUAGGAUUGCCACUACUGCUGCUACUGCUAGUGCUACUGCUGCUGUUGCUACCAAUAUUAAUACCAAGAUUAAUCUUUUUUUGGUAAAUUUAUCAGAUGACAAUGAAGUCAGUGUCUCUGCAAGCAAUAAAAAUGCUCCUUUGGGUGUGGAAGUGCUAUAUGGGGCUGUAAAAAAGUGGGGCUAUCAGACACUCUUUCAAGAGGACCUUUGCUGGUAUGAUAUAUGGGGAAGUGCAUUAACAGAUAAUGAAAGGAGAAAAAUUCCUAAAACAAAUUCUGAAUUUAGAGAGAGGUGAGUAACGUGUAGAAUCAUAGUUAUUAAUUUGUUUGGAGUCAAUAGGGGCAUUCUUCUCUCUUUCAAAAAAGAAAGAAAGGUCCAGUUUCACCAGCCAAGUGGCCCCAAACCGCAGAAGCUGAUCCCCAUAUUGUUAUCAUGAAGCGUCAAGGACUAUUGCUUCUUCAUACAGAUGGGCCACUAGUCCAUUAUAGGUAAACCCCAGCUGCUUUCCUGACAGUUUCUUGCUCAAGGUGUUGAAAUUAUAGGGGGGAGAAAAGCACUACGAGAGUAAAAAUCAUACCAUCCACAUCCCAGUUAACCAAAGUUUCCAGUAAGACAUCUUUCCAUCAUGAGUAGAUAUGAUGAGCAACGAACAAGAACUGCUUUAUAAGUAUAACAUGUAAUGAAUAAGGAAUUCUGGUCUGCAAAAUAUUCACAACAACGUCAAUUAGAUAAGAAUAGGUGAAUAAUUGGAUAUUAACCCCUUAACUCCCAAAAUCUGAUUGCUAAUUCUCCCCUCUUGCUGCUACACAUUUCCUUUAAGUUACAAGAAUUUGGUGUUAGAUAGAGAUAACAACCUCUAGCUGAUAUAUUUGAAUAUUCUCAUUACCUGUUUGCUGGAUAGUGCAUAAAUAUAAUAGGGAGAACUUACAUGUUAAUCACCUCUGGGAGCUAAAGAGUUAACUUUAACUUUACAUUUUUUGUGGCUAAUGCACUAUUAUUGGUCAGAGUGGUAAUUAAUGUUAACUAUUUCAAAUCAGGUGGAAAGAAUUUCAGGAAAAGAUGGCAAAGAAAAUGGUUGACCAUGUUGGGAUUACACAUUUUUCCUGCACGGUGUUGAACAGAAUUGGAAGGACCAAUCACUAUGACAAUCCUCAGAAAAUUUGUCUUAAUGGGCAGUUUUACAGUCGGUACUUCUUUGACUACAUAAGAAAGGUGUAUACUGCCUUAGAAAACAACAGAAAAGCCAAACCAUUGGUCUCAUACAUGCAUUUCAACACGGGACAUGAGAUGACAGGGAAACGAAUGAUCAACAUGGAUGCCAGCAUGGCAAAGUUUUUCACAGAUAUGGCCUUGUUUCCAAACACUUUGACCGUGAUUUUUUCAGACCAUGGUCACAAAAUGACUCCAUUCAGUUACACUGAAGAGGGAAGGAGAGAGUUAUUUGAUCCAGUCUUCUUCAUGAUUGUCCCUGAUGGUGUUAAAGAGAAACUGGGUCCAGAAAGGAUGGAAGCUUUGGUAACAAACCAAAAGCGCAUCUUUAUGUUGUAUGAUGUUCACAAAGCACUCAUGAGUUUGCAUGAUUCUCAAGAGAAGGACUCUAGGGAUUAUUCAGUUUCAGGGAUAUUUUCAGAGAUUUCGGCCAACCGCACUUGUGCAGACUUGUACAUGCUUCCCUUGACAAGAUGCAAAUGUGAAGGUUUUGAUGAAGAAAUUCCUGUAAAGGAUAAUGCAGACGAUCAGAUGUGGUUAGCAGAAUUUGCUCUGGGACAUAUCAAUGAUGCUAUUCAAAAACAACACAUGAGUGGUAAGAUGUGCAGUGUUAUUUGUUCUCUGUUAAUUCUGCUUUUAAUUGGCAGUGAAAGUAAAGUACUGCUACUGAAACAAAAGCCCAAUGAAGUUUUGAUCAAAUUGUAGAAAGCUAGGGUGAGUUGAGGCAGGGUGGGGUGAGGGAAAGUUAGGUGAGGGAAUAAAAGAGAUGGGUUGUGUGGGUUAGAAAGGGUUUGAUUAUACUGGUUGGGAUGAGGUUUGGUACAGUAGGACUGGUAGGGUGGGUACUGUUACACACUGUAGUUGAGAUGAGGGUGGAACAGGGUAAGAUGUGAUAAGGUGGGUUGAUAGAGAGAAGAUGCACAAGAUAAAAUGGAGUCAGGUUAGGCUUCUGAAACAAAAACAAGGUGAAGUUAUUUGAGGCGAGAUGUAAUGUGGUGAAGAUGAGUGAGGAAAGAUUAGGUGAGGUGUGUUGGGUUGAAGUGACAAGUAGUGAGGAGAGGUGAGGAAAUAUUAUUAAAGCUGUCGUGGUUUGAAGUGACUGAAAUGAGCUGACCUGAGGUAAGGAAAGAUCAUUUGAGGUGUGUUGGGGCAAGAUGAACCAGACCUUAACCCUAACCCUAUGGGGAACUGCUGUGAGAUGAUACUCCUGACUCUAAGAAACGAAGUCCAUCUAAUUUCCUUUUUAUUUAUUUUUCACUCAUUUUCGUCAGGAAAUGGUGAUUCAAAGAAUAACUAUGGCUAUGGAAACUGCCAGCGCUUGGUCGGAAAAUCAAUUGAGAAGGUUUUCAAACGAUUCCGUGGAGAAUACAUCAUGACCACGAUGGACAUUCACGUGAUCCCUCCAGCCGGAUUCAUAGAGGAUGAAGUUUAUCGAGUCUCUGUCAAACAGUUUGCCAAACCACAACAAGGAGUAUUUUUUCUCAGUUCUGUCCGGGUAACAAUGUAUAACAAGUUUGCCUUGUGUGCAGAUAAGUCCGUGGAUAUUAAGCUCUGCGCAUGCUCCAAAGAGCAAACCGCAGACGCCGAGAUGAAAGAAGUGUUGUUUGACAAUGGAGUUCCUCGCGAAAUGUUUGGUUCGGACACAAUCGUGAGAGACUUGGAUUCAAACUGUUUGUUAUUCUUGCGACGGAAUCAUGGGACGUUUUCAUUUGGGUUAGAAGUUGCAAAUGUUUGCACAAGUCGAACUUAUAAAUUUGAACUAACAGGCUCAAUGGAUCAAAGGAUAUUUUCCAAGACUUUGCCCAUUGGGCUGGAAUUAUUCCCAAAGACGUUUAGUUUUUUGACUUCUGUCAACAAAUACCUCUCAAAAGUAAACGAGCCGUUAGGAUUGAAAGCAAGUGUGAAAGUUAAGAAGGAUGGAUCAAACACCUUUACUGAUUUGGGGAUUUUCAGUGUUACAUGA